AUGGCGAGUGGGGUUGCUCUCCUGUGGGCUCUUGCCCGUCCUCUGCGUGGUGCCGUUUCCGCUUUUCCUGUCACGCGGGCUGUUUCCUCUUGUUGUAAUGUUAAAUUUGCCACUAGUUAUAGGGCAUUUUCAAAUGCACCUGACCGCGCUGCCCUCGAGCAGCGUGUACUGAAUGUGUGCAAGUCAUACGACAAAAUCAAUCCGGAGAAAGUACUUUUCGUUUAUUAUAUCCACUUUUGCAGAUCACCCUUGACUCUCAUUUUAUGAAAGAUCUUGGUCUGGAUAGCCUUGAUCACAUUGAAGUUAUAAUGGAACUGGAAAAUGAAUUCGGUAUGCUUUUGUCCUCCUGGGAGUCCUGCUCUUCAUUUAAAUACUUUCCGAGUCCAUUUGUAUACAAUUAUACUUGUUCAGACGUGUUUUCAAGUUUAUAGCCCUAAAUUUAUUGGUCCCGUCUCAGGGAUCUCAUUCAACGAAACACAUUAUCUCGUUUUUUUGGAAAUUGUUUCAUCGCGAACCCGAAAGGUGUAAAGCCGUGAUGGUUUUUGAGAACGCCCCGUGUUGCAUAGUCGGGACGCCUCUCAUACAAGUGGCGACUUCCCAUGUUGACUAUUGCUGAUUUUUUCUUGGGAGUUUUGCGCCGCCGUAGUGCUCCUUUUCUGUUGGGCGGUUAGGAAUACCGCUGUACUCUCAUCUGUUGCGUCACAUUACUGCUGUUACACGCAUUUCCAUGAACGGAAACUGUUCUGCCUACGUAAUUUUUUGCGUUGUCUAAGGACGACUUGGUAUGCUCACAAGCAUGCAUAUCCCACUGCCAGAUCAAAGAAGUGUGAACCUUCGAUCCAUUACCUUUAUUUAAAUGUAGAGCAGCAGUGCUGUUGUAACCGACCCCUAGGUCGUGUUCGUUUUCCGAACUCUUCAACCAUCGUUAGUCGACGUUGAAUCAUCCGACAAUUGUUCUCGGGCUGAGAGUCGAAAUCAUCCAACUGUCACGCUUAUCUCCACUAACAGUCCAGCACUAAUAUCCUUGAAGCAGAGCCCGGAUGUGGGGCCUGGUCUGCGCGGAUCUUUGCCGUAAUUGGUAUGUGACAGAGGAAUUAACAGUUUCAGUUGCCUGUAAAAAUUCGAUGAGCAAGAUUGGGUCUAUCGGCAUCCAUUCCUGUUCUUUAAAAACUUCGUCUGAGCUGUUUGGAACUGUCGGUCUCGACAAUUUUUCGCUCGUUGGCUACCAGGGGUACUAUUCGGGUUUUAUAGCGGUAACUCGCGUGUAGCGUGGAUUUCUAGCGUCGCUCUACAAACCAAUUAACUUUGCGACUUCGUUUGGCAGAGAAGCCGCAUUCUGCUGAUUUUCAUAGAUCGUUGUUUCCGGAGCCAUGUCAUCGAUGGGACUGAGCUUCAUCAAUAGACGCCCUCUCCCAGCUUCACUUAUCGAGGCCGUCACUUUAAACCUAGCUAAAUUGGACGGACAAAAAGAUACGUCCUUAUCAAGCGUCCCAUCUGUAGCCGGAGGCGAUUGAUAGAGACAGAACAGACACAGCCCUGAUCUCAUUAAAUUGCGCUGACACCAUCUGCCUCCAGCAUCCGUCCAGAAACUCGUGAUGGACAGUCUAAAAAAUAGACGACCAUGAUCCCAUUUGGCAGCGUCAGUUAACAUUAAGUUCACCGGUAUGUGGCAACCAACUUGCCUUACGGCUGUCGUUGGAACGCUAGAUCCUGAAUGUUUUGGUUAUGCCAGGAGCACGCAUUGGCAUCAAGCAAUCCUUUAUGUUCAACAGACCUCAGCCGAUUUCCUACAAUGUCAACUUAGAAUCCAGGAACAAGCCACUUGAUUGCUUGAAGAAUCGCCAUGCACGUCCUGGUCUGCGGCUGCUAUAUGAGGGGAGACGAAGCAGAUACUCGCUAGCUGGUGUUCAACUAGCUCCCACUCAAGCAGUGCUCAUUUUUGUCACGAAAGGAGUUGUGUCUUCUCUUUCCUUUGCCCCCCCCUGACUUUGGUUUCCGUUUCAGGCCUGGAAAUUCCGGACGUGGAGGCUGAAAAAUUAGUCAAGCCCUCGGAUGUGGUGGAACUCCUUUAUCAGAAGAAGCUGCGCAGAAGUCGUCUUGAAUAA